CCCUUUUUUUAGUUUCUUUAAAGUUUCAAAAACGUUUUUCCACAAAAGGGUACAGAGUUCCCUUUUUUCUUUUGAUCAAAAGUUAGCUGCUCUGUUUUGACAUUGUAUCUAUUAGACACAUAGUUGUCCCACAUCGGUAGUUGGAAGAGAUCUUUAAUAGUAUAUAAGGUGGAUGGGCCACUCCAGUUAAAACCAAUUGGUGAUAAGUGGAUUGACCCAUCUAUCUUAUAUACUAGUGAAUAUUAGUUCCAACUUCCGAUGUGGGACACUUUGUGUCUAAUACGCCCCCUCGAGAUGAUGGCUCUUUGAGCGUCAAUCUCGGAAUGCUCGGGCAAAGAUCGAUGGGCCAACUUUGGGCCAGAUCGAUGUGGAUCGGAUUGGAUUGUUUGGAUCGGGCUCUGAUAAGAGGAGUGACCCAUCUACCUUAUAUACUACUAAAGAUCUCUUCCAACUUCCGAUGUGGGACACUUUGUGUCUAAUAGUAUCUUCUUAUUUUUGGGAAUGUUUAUUUGAUUUUAACUGUUCUUUUUUUUUUGGUUUGUAUCUGUAUUAUUUUGCUCUUCUGGCUCAAGAGCUGAUGUUGGUAACCCUUUUUCUUUAAUUGCUGGUUUUAAUACAUUCAUAUAUCCAAUAUUCUAAUUAGGCCCUGCUGAUUUGCUCUACUAUGCAUAUUUGUUUUGGAAAACUUGUGAUCUUUCUUAUAUCUUUCUUUGGAUAAUUGGUGGGUUUUCUAAAAAGUUCCUAGGUGUUGUGUUUGAGUAGUUAAAUAUUCAUUUACUAAGAAAAAACGUCUUUCUUGAAGAUCUUUGUUCUAGCCUUAUGGCUUGUUGCGUUAAGGUUUAGCUUUCAUUAUUAUUCAAAAAGGUAGAAGCGCUCCUUAGUUUAGUCAUUUGUCCAAAGUCAGUGUCAAUGUAUCUAUUGGCGUAAUGUUUUGAUUGAUCUAAUCACUGGUAGACUUUUAUACUAUUGUGUUCUUAGGAAUUGUUAUAGAUUUGUGGGAUCUUCAUUGAGCCAUUGGCGUCAAAUCACAUCACAAGUUUAUUGGUUGGUGGUGACUUUGGGAUGGCAGAGAGGAAAGCCAGCAACGGAGGAGAAGUUGUUAUCAAUGUUUUAGAUAAAGUAGCGUCAAAAGAUGAUCAAUCAUCAUCAUCUCCUUCUUCCAAAGUAGAGGCUCCACCAAAGUCAGAUGCAAAACUAGAGCCGUUAAGCAUUCCUCUUCCUGAAAUCUAUAAGUUUCCUGGAAGUGCUCAUAAGCCGCCUAAAGUUCCAAGUCCUAGCGCUGAAGGUCUAGUUCGAAGGAGAUCUCUUUCUAAGUCAGUUUACUCCAAGUCCAACUCAAGGUUUGGGCAACAACAGUCUUACCGAUUCGAUAAGACUAUAGUAGAGGAAAACUGUGGAACCCCUAAGGAACAUUAUGGUUCUAGUUCAUUUUCAAGGACUUCUUUUAACAAGGCUUCCCCUAGCAACAAAUCAAAUAGAAGCAUUGGCUCGGCAGCCAUGAGUAGGGUUGAUGGGGAAGAAACGGAUGAAAAUGAAGAAAUCUACAAAAAGGUUAAACUACACCAAGUGAAGCGUGGUGGGAUCAGACCUCUAGCUUUUAUUGAAUUGCUAUUGUUUGUUGCUACUCUGUGCACUCUGGUUGUGAGUUUAACCUAUGAUACGUUGAAGAAGCAUCACAUUAAGGGUUUGGAAGUUUGGAAAUGGUGCGUUCUUGUGAUGGUGACGCUUAGCGGCAUGUUCGUGACGAAUUGGUUUAUGCAUUUAGCGGUUUUUAUCAUAGAAAGGAACUAUCUCCUACGUAAAAAAGUGUUGUACUUUGUCCAUAGUUUGAAGAAGAACGUUCAAGUCUUCAUUUGGUUCAGCUUAAUUCUUGUUGCUUGGGUACUUCUCUUCGACGAUGAUGAUAAACACUCUCGCAAGACCAAGAAGUUUCUACAUUUUAUAACGUGGACCAUCGUCUCCCUCCUCAUAGGGUCAAUCCUUUUCUUGGUGAAGACAUACGCCUUGAAAGUCCUUGCAUCAAAGUUCAACGUCAGAAACUUCUUUGAGAGGAUUCAAGAGUCCAUCUUCCACCAGUAUGUUCUCCAGACUCUCUCAGGACCUCCGCUUAUUGAAGAGGCAGAGAGAGUUGGGCGUGAGCCAAGUACGGGCCACCUUAGCUUCACGAGCACCAGUGGAACGGUGAAAGAGAAGAAGGUGUUGGAUAUGGGAAAGGUUCACAAGAUGAAACAAGAGAAGGUCUCAGCUUGGACAAUGCGGGUUUUGAUUGAAGCAGUUGGAGCUUCAGGUCUCUCAACCAUAUCUAAUACGUUAGAUGAGAGUACCAAUAAAAAAAAGAGAGCUGAUAAAGAAAUAACUUGUGAGAUGGAAGCUGUGGCUGUUGCUUAUGAUAUCUUCAACAAUGUUGCUCAACCAAAUUCUAGUUACAUAGAGGAAGAUGACUUGCUAAGGUUCAUGAUUAAGGAAGAGGUAGACCUUGUAACUCCAUUAAUAGAAGGUGCGGAGACUGGAAAAAUUACACGCAAUGCUUUUACAGAAUGGGUGAUUAAAGUUUACACAAGUCGGAAAGCAUUAGGGCAUUCACUGAACGACACAAAAACUGCGGUUAAGCAGGUGGAGAAACUUAUAACUGGAGUCUUGUCGGUUGUCACAUUCAUCAUUUGGUUGAUACUUCUAGAUGUUUUAACGACCAAGUUUUUCGUGGUGUUCUCCGCAAAAUUCGUGGGUUUUGCUUUCUUGUUCGGAAGCACUUGCAAGAAUAUCUUCGAAUCUUUUGUGUUUGUCUUCGUGAUGCACCCUUACGACGUAGGUGAUCGUUGUGUUAUUGACGGUGUGAUGUUGUUGGUUGAACAAAUAGAUCUUUUAACUACCGUGUUCCUCAAGAUUGACAAUGAGAAAGUGUUCUAUCCAAAUGCGACUUUGAUAUCAAAACCAAUAAGCAACUACUAUAGGAGUCCAGAUAUGGGAGAUUCAAUACUAUUCUCCAUCGCAUUCUCAACGCCCACUGCAAAAAUUGCCACCCUCAAGGACAAGAUAGCAGAGUACUUGGUGCAGAACCCUCAAAAUUGGUAUCCAGAUCUCAUGCUGUUAGUGAAGGAGAUUGAGAAUGUGAACAAGCUGAAUUUGAAUCUGGUCGUCACACAUACCAUGAACUUUCAAAUUUUUGCGGAAAAAAAUCUCAGGAGAACGGAGCUGGUCAUCGCGCUCAAACGGAUACUCGAGGACCUAGAGAUUGAUUACACCCUCCUUACUCAAGAUGUUCGUCUCACCGGUCACAGAUGAUAUUUUUCUUCUGUCCUUCUGCCUUUAUUUUCACUAGUAUAACUUGUUACUAAGAUGUGUUCAGAAAAACAAAAAUUGUUACUAGGAUAAGACCCGUGUGGUGAGAUUACGUGAACCAUAUAUAAUGGAUAUUGAAUUGAAACACAAAAUUUAUAUUUGAU